CAUGGUUAAAUAGGUCCCACCCAAAAACUUUCUCUCACUAAAAAUCCCUCAUUUCUCUCACUAAAAAAAGUUGGUUUAGUUUUCGCCGUCACCACUGAACAAAAUGCAUUUUCAUCAUCAUCUUCAUCUUCAUCAUCCAUAAUAUAACUGCAAAAAAGCUAUGAGAAAUGCGCAAUUUAGCUCAUACUAAUUUCUUGUUCAAUACGAAAAUCUGAAGAAAAAAAAGUUCCGGUGAUGCUCGGAGUAUUGUGUGCACGUCCUAAGCCUUGGCUAUUCGCAUCACUCUGCUUAUCACACGCCCACGGCUCAACGCCUUCGGGUUAUAGCAGACUUAUUCCGACGAAUACUGCUAACAAAUCAUCGUUAUUGUUAAUAUCUGGAGGUGGAGGUGGUGGAGGAGGUGGAAUAGGAGUAGAUCAGAGGCGGAAUCAUUCGAGUCAUUGCCGUAUUGCAUCAUCUGUAAAUCGAGUUGGUGGUGCAGCGUCGAUAUGGCAUGCGAUACUUCCUGCUGGGAGGAGGAAUAAGAAGGAUAUAAAUCGGAGGAAUAAUACGGUGUUUAAACAUCAUUAUGAGCUUGCUAAGAAAGGUGAAGGUUCGUGGAAUGUCAAUUGGGAUUCUAGGCCGGCGAGAUGGUUACAUAAUCCUGAUUCUGCUUGGUUGUUGUUUGGAGUUUGUUCAUGUUUAGCUGCGCCAUCUCUUGAUCUAUUACCAGAUGCUAAUUCUGAUGUAGCUGUACCGAUUGAUAAACAGUCUGCUGUAAAUUCUUCAGAUGAGGAUGAUCAAAACUCUGCCAACUAUAGAGUCACUGGGGUUCCAGCGGAUGGGAGAUGUCUAUUUAGAGCGAUAGCACAUAUGGCUUGUUUGAGAAAUGGGGAGGAAGCUCCGGAUGAAAAUCGACAGAGAGAACUUGCUGAUGAAUUAAGAGCUCAGGUGGUUGACGAGCUGUUAAAGAGGCGAAAAGAAGCUGAAUGGUUUAUUGAAGGGGAUUUUGAUGCGUACGUAGAAAGAAUUGAAAAGCCAUAUGUGUGGGGAGGAGAACCAGAGCUACUAAUGGCUUCUCAUGUUCUCAAGUCUGCGAUUUCUGUCUAUAUGGUAGAUAGAAGCUCUGGAAGUUUAAUAAACAUAUCAAAUUAUGGAGAAGAAUAUAGGAAGGAGGGAGAGAGUCCGAUUAACGUAUUGUUUCAUGGUUAUGGUCACUAUGACAUUUUGGAGACAAUUCCAGAGAAGAUUCACCAAAAGUUAGAAGAAUAAAUGUAGGGUAUGAUGCCCUUAGAGACGUAGUCUUGGUUUUAAAUUUUCAUAAAAGGUAGUUCGCAACGACGAUCAAAUUGAUAAGAAGUUCAGCUAUCCAGUUAACAAAACAUCUUCUUUCAGGUCCAGUCAAUUUGUUGAGAUGAUCUUUUCUCUAAAAUAGUGAGCUUGUUUCAAUUUUGUAGAUUCUCUGUUGCCUUGUUCAGGAAAUUAGUCGAAGCAAAUAGCAUGAUUCCUCCGUAUUUGUUUA